AUGACAUCUUACUUAUUUCCUUCAUCAUCAAAACAAACAUUUAUUGUUCUUAUUUUUCUAUAUUUUUUACCAGCUUCUGUCUUAGGCAUUGUAUUAAAAUGUUGGAUAUUUACUUAUAUUUUAUCAAUGUUAAUUGGUUACUUAUUCUCAUCAAAAACAAAUAUUAAACCGUUAAUAGUAAGACCAUCAUCUUAUGCUUUAGUUACUGGUGCUUCAGCUGGAAUCGGUCGUUCAAUAUGUCUUGAAUUAGCUCAAAAAAAAUUUAAUUUAAUUAUUGUUGCACAAACUUUAUCAGCACUUGAAGAAUUAGCAAAUGAAAUACAUUCAAAAUAUCAUAAUAUCAAUGUUAUUAUUAUUACUAGAGAUUUAUCUUUGGAAGAUAGUGCUGAUCAAUUAAUACAAGAUAUUGACUAUUAUUAUCAACAAUUGCCUGAUAUGUGUAUUGAUAUAUUAAUUAAUAAUGCUGGUAUGGGUUAUACAAAUAAAUUUCUUUCAUCAUCAUCCUUCAAUAUAUAUAAAAAAAUGUUUUAUUUACAUAUUCAAACUCCAACAAAAUUAAUUUAUUAUUAUUUACCAAAAAUGAUUGAAAAUAAUCGAGGACGUAUUGUCAAUGUAUCAAGUGAAAUAUCGUAUAUGAGUUCACCACGUGCUAUUGUUUAUUCAUCAACAAAAGCCUAUUUAACAUUAUUUACAACAGCUUUAAAUUAUGAAAUACAACAAGAAAUAAUAAAGAAAAAACAUCCAUUUUCUAUUGAUAAUGAAGGAAUUGUGUGUAUGUUAGUAACACCAGGACCAACUCGUCAAACAUUAUUUACUCAUCAAGAAUCAUUAAUAUUUAAAAUUCCAUUUGUUAAUCUAAAUGCUAGUAGAGUAGCCAAAAAUAUUGUAAAAUCAUCUAUUUAUGGUGAUGAAACAUGCAUACCAGGCAUGAUGAAUCGUUUAACAAUUUGGUUUAUGACAAAAGUACCGUUAAAUUUUUGUCAUUUAGUGUGUUCUAUAUUGUGGGAGAUGAAUACAGUUGUAAAUAAUUUAAAAUGUUAUGUUGCUGCACAAACAAAAAGUCCUAGCAAUGCAGAAGAUAAAAAUGAUCUUGAACUUAAACUCUUCAUGAAAUAUUUAAAUGAAGAUAAUAAACAAUCAGUAUUAUCAUCACCACCUCUUUUAAAUAUCAGUAAAGAUUCAAAUGAAAAUUUAGCUCAAUCAUAUUUCAAACAACAUCAUCCAAUACCGAAAUUUUAUGAACAUAUUCCAAAUGAUGUACUUGGACGAAAACUUCGUGAAGAAGCUCGAGCAUUCUUUCUACAGCGUAAAAGUCAAGAAAUAAUAAGUAGUGAAGAUGCAAAUGCUCUACUAUCAUUGUUAGAACAGAAUGCAUCGCCACCAACCGAUCCUGAUUCACCACAGAUUAAUUAUGAAGAUUUCAAACGUGCUUUACAGUCAUCGAGUGAAACAAUAUCAAAUUUAUUUCCCUAUACAAUAUUUGCUGAUUUAUAUCAUAAUGAUCCUUAUGGCAGGGUUCGCAUCAUCGAUUUGUAUCAAUAUACAAUGAGAAAAAUGUGGUAUCAUCACUCAAGAAUGGGUCUCUCACUUUACGAUAUGGUUGGUCAAGGUUUCUUAAGAGAAUCGGAUCUUGAAGAUUAUAUUUAUGAAUUAAUACCAACUAUGCAACAAUUAGCUCAAUUACAAGAAACAUUUUAUAAAUUUUAUGUUUGUACAGCUGUUCGAAAAUUUUUCUUUUU